GGAUCGUGCACAUUGCCCAGGAUGCCCGGGUGAGCAUGGGCCAGGACGGGUUCCUGGGGCAGCUUUGGGGGAUCGUGCACAUUGCCCAGGAUGCCCGGGUGAGCAUGGGCCAGGACGGGUUCCUGUACUUUGCCAACGCCCAGGUCGGGGACAGCCACCCCGACUACAUCUGCCACGCGCACUACCUGGGGCCGCGCACCAUCAUCCAGAAGGAGCCGCUGGACCUGCGCCCCCACGCCCUGGGUGUCGUGGCGCCGGCUGAACGGGUCUGGGUGUCCCGGGGCCCCACGCCCUGGGUGUCGUGGCGCCGGCUGAACGGCCCCACGCCCUGGGUGUCGUGGCGCCGGCUGAACGCGCCGCUGCCGCCGGGCCGGGCCGUGCUGGACAAUUUCAACCACACGCUGCGGCUGCGCGCCGUCAGCGAGGCCGACGACGGCGAGUACGAGUGCACGGCCACCAACGGAUGGGGGGAGCUGCCGGACUCGGGGCGCCGCACGCUGCGGGACGGGGCUCUGAUCCUGUCCCCAGGGAUGGUUUUUGGUGUCCUUGGGAUGGUUUUUGGUGUCCCCAAUGUCCCCAAUGUCCCCAAUGUCCCCACAGAGCUGCCGGACUCGGGGCGCCGCACGCUGCGGGACGGGGCGCUGAUCCUGUCCCGCCUGGAGCCCAACGACUCGGCGGUGGCGCAGUGCGAGGCCAGCAACAGCCACGGGCGGCUCCUGGCCAACGCCUUCGUCUACGUCGUGGAGCUGCCGGUGCAGAUCCUGACGCCGAACUCGUCGCUCUACGCCGUGGUGGAGAACCAGACAGCGUUCCUGCACUGCCGGGCCUUCGGGGCCCCCGCGCCCACCGUGGAGUGGCUGAGCCCGGGCCUGGAGCCGGCCCUGCAGGACGACCGCGCCUUCGCCUUCACCAACGGCUCGCUGCGCCUGGGCCCCGCCGCGCGGGGGGACUCGGGGGUCUUCACCUGCCGCGCCCACAACGGCCACAGCAACGCCAGCGUCACCGCCCGCCUGGACGUCAGGGGUCAGCGACCCCCGGGACCCCCUGAGCCCGGCCCGGGACCCCCGGGAUCCCCCUGA